UCUGGAUCUAACAAGCAGAUAACUGGAAAACAAAAUAAGAGUACACUAAUAAGAAAUAUCAAAGACCAGAGAUACUCCAAAUAAUUUUGAAAUAGCAAUAUAAUAACAUUAUAAGGCAAUCAACUGAAGCAAUCAAAAAGCACUUUAAUUAGAAGUAAUCACAAUUAUUAAUUACAUUUGAAAUUACAGUAAUGAUACCAUAGCUCGAAUUCAAUGUUGGGUAGUACACGUGCAAUAACAUGUCGAUGGAUCUCAUUUGAUACAAGCUGCUUGUAACUUGUUUCUGGUGUAUAUGGAAGAGAACGGGUAGCUCAACCUGAACCAAGUUUUAAUAAGCAUAUUAUGACCCCUCCGUCGUCUUCAAUCACCAACAUGAAGCGAAUUUUUGCAGGAUUGGGCCUUUGUAUGACAGUUUGGGUUACAGGCAUGCAGUUGAUUCUUACUGACUCAGCAAAAAUAGAUCGGGGCGAAAUUCGGGAUAUCGAUACCAAAUUGCAAAUAAAUAGAACGCCUGAACCGACAACAACACCUAGACCCAGAACAGUACCAACAACAGGACUUCAACGCACAACAGGACCGAUAAGACAACGCGAACCCAAAACAGUAAUUGAGAGAGGACAUGAACCAAUCAAAGUGCCUACACUGGCACAAGAGCCUACUUCAGAAAGGGUGUUAGUUAUCUACGCUUACGCAGAAAUAGAUGAUUGGCGACAUAGUAUUAGAAAAAGCAAUUUGCAAUUUUUCGUUGAUUUUGCAAUAGGAGGAAAACACCAUAAUAAAAGUGAUGUUGAUUACGUCAUUGUCGUAAAUGGAUACACAUGUACUGUUGAUAUUCCCGAACAAGAUAAUACAUUUGUGAUAGCCAGGAGAAACUAUGGCUACGAUGCGUGUGCAUGGAAGGCAGCGCUAGAUUAUAUGAGAAAGAGAAAGGGUCCAGCUUGGUACAAAUAUUUCGUCUUUCUCAAUUCAUCGGUGAAAGGACCAUUUAUACCUGCCUAUGCUAAUGACAAACAUUGGACAACAUAUUUCACAAAAUACCUAAAUAAUUACGUUAAACUUGUGGGUACAAGUAUUUGCUGUUCCAAGGUAUACCCGGUACAUAUCCAAACCAUGUUCCUUGUAACUAGCUUUUCAGGCUUAGCAUUGAUAGAAGAUAUGCUAAAAUGCCACGAACACAAGCAAACCGUGAUUGUAAACAUAGAAAUAGGAGUUUCACAAUUUCUUUUAAAAAAUGGCUUCAAUAUUGCCUCAGUUAUGAAACAAUGGGAAGAUCACGAUUUUCGCGACAAAGACAGAACUGAAGAAAUGUGUCGUACACAUAACAAGGACAUGGAUGGAGACCAAUAUUACCAAAAUGCUUAUUAUGAUGGUAUAGACAUUUCUCCAUUUGAAGUGAUAUUUUUCAAAAAUAAUAGGGGUGUAAAUCAGAAAGUCCAUGAUGUCUAUUCUAGCAUGAUACGGGAAUGGGGAGAGAAAUAUUCUCCCAAUAAACCAACAGGAUACAUAGGAAAAUAUUCCAAGAAUUACAUUCUUUUGUAAUUUAUGUUACUUGAGAAAACCAUGAUUUAACAUGGAAAACUCAGUGAAUUUUAGAAUUCCAGGAAAUGCGUAAAAAUGGCGAGGGAAAUUCUGAGAGAGAGCAGGAAAAUGAGAAAAAUGAGUUAGCGAAAUUUUGAAAAGUUGAUAUAACUGAAAGGACAUGAAGGACACAUGAAAUGUAUUGUAGCGAAUGGUUGAGUACUGUAUUUAUGUUUAUAUAAAACUGCUUUAAAUUGUAUUGUAUAGUAUAGUAUUGUAUAUAUUGUAUUGUAUUGCAAUGCAUUAUGUUGAAUUGUAAUACAUAUUCGUAUUGUUGUUAUACGAGUAUAACAUGUAUAACGUAAAUUGUUUUGUAAUGUAUUGAAAUAACUUUAUUUAAUUGAAUAAAAUGGAAUAUACAAUAACCUAA